AUGCCGGCCGAUUACUACGAUACUGACCACGCACAGCGCGAGAGGUCUCGUUCACCCCGUCGUCGUUCGCGCAGCCCUCGACGUAGCCGUCGCUCCUAUUCGCCUCGGAGUCGCUCUCGGAGUCGUGACGAUUAUCGCCGCAGUGAACGCCGUUCCCGUUCGCCUAUGAGUACUGCACCAGGCGCCUCUGGAGGACAUUCUGGUUCCGGUUACGGUGGACGCAGCAGCUACCCGCCUCCUCCGAGAUCGUUUGAGGACCGCGCUGUCGCCAAAGAACAAAUGAUGCAAGCAGUGCGCGAGUCUUCCCAACAAGACCGUCGGGUCUAUGUGGGAAACCUUUCCUACGAUGUCAAGUGGCAUCACUUGAAAGACUUUAUGAGACAGGGUGAGCAGGGUCAUAUUGUGUCGGAGAUGAUUGUGGAAUACGCGACCAGGGAGCAAGCGCAAAAUGCGGUCAACACGCUUAGCAACCAGAACCUUAUGGGUCGUCUAGUCUACGUUCGCGAGGACCGUGAACCCGAACCUCGUUUCACCGGUGGCCCUUCUCGUGGGGAUUUCGGCGGCGGCGGUGGCCGCGGCGGUUUUGGUGGUGGCGGCGGUGGUGGUGGUGGUUACGGUGGUGGAGCUGGCGGAAGACAGCUCUACGUGUCCAAUCUUCCAUUCAAUGUUGGCUGGCAGGACCUGAAGGAUCUUUUCCGCCAAGCAGCUCAGCAAGGCGCCGUCGUCCGUGCCGAUGUUCAUACCGAUGCUACUGGACGUCCCAAGGGCUCCGGCAUUGUCGCCUUUGAAUCUCCGGAGGAUGCCCGUAAUGCUAUCCAACAGUUCAAUGGCUACGACUGGCAGGGUCGGUCUUUGGAGGUUCGUGAGGAUCGCUUUGCCGGUGCCGGACCGGGCGGAUUUGGAGGCCGCGGUGGCUUCGGUGGUGGCUUCGGUGGUCGUGGUGGAUUCGGUGGU